AUGACUUCCGACGCAAUUGAGCCCAAGCUUGUUCCCCCAGAGCCCAUCGCAAUCUGUGGAAUGUCAGUACGUCUCCCUGGAGGCCUGCACACACCUCAACAGCUGUGGGACUUCUUGAUUGCCAAAGGAGAUGCCCGUGGCCAAGUACCAAAGUCUAGAUAUAAUGCCUCUGCAUACUAUUCCGACCCACAGAAACCGAGCAGCAUCAAGACCGAAUAUGGGUACUUUCUAGAUGAAAGCAUUGACAUUGCUUCAAUGGAUACAUCUUUCUUUACAAUGGGGAAAUUGGAAGUGAGCCGGAUGGACCCGCAGCAACGGCAGAUGCUGGAAGUUGCUAGGGAGUGCAUGGAAGAUGCUGGCGAAACGAAUUGGAAAGGACGGCCGAUUGGGUGCUACAUGGGUAGCUUUGGUGAAGAUUGGCUUGAAAUUUGUGUCAAAGAACCCCAGCAGUAUGGCCAAUAUCGAGCUAGCGGACACGGAGAUUUCAUGCUGCCCAACCGAAUCUCAUACGAAAUGGACCUGAUGGGACCGAGCAUGCUCAUGCGUACUGGCUGCUCAGCAAGUCUCGUUGCACUGCACGAAGCAUGCCUUGCAAUCUCCAGGGGUGACUGCGAGGGAGCCAUUGUUGGGGGUGCCAACUUGAUAAUGGCACCAGGCAUGACAGCUGUCAUGACCGAGCAAGGCGUGCUUUCACCUGAUGGAUCUUGUAAGACCUUCUCUGCCGAUGCCAAUGGCUAUGCGCGAGGAGAGGCAAUAUCUGCCAUCUUUAUCAAACCACUGGUUGAUGCCAUCCGGGAUAAAAAUCCUGUUCGAGCGGUCAUCCGUGCAACAGCAUCCAACAGUGAUGGAAGGGGUGUUGGAAUCGGUAGCCAUGUUCCGUACGAUAUUUCUCAUGAGGCCAUGAUACGACGCGCGUAUGAGGUGGCGGGCAUUGUGGAUUACUCUCAGACCGCAUUUGUGGAGUGUCAUGGUACUGGAACCCCAGUUGGAGAUCCCAUAGAAACUCGAGCAGUGGGCCGAGUUUUUGGCCCUUCUGGUGGUGUCCUUAUUGGGUCUGUCAAGCCCAAUCUUGGUCACUCUGAAGGAGCCUCUGGGAUUACAGCCUUGAUCAAGUCGAUACUGGCGCUGGAAAAUCGUGUAAUCCCUCCAAACAUCAAGCUAAAUGAGCCCAAUCCCAAAAUUCAGUGGGAUGACUAUGGGCUCUCUGUUCCCACAGAGCCGAUGCCAUGGCCCGAGACUCGGAGUGAGCGAAUCAGCGUGAACUCCUUCGGAAUUGGGGGUACCAACGCUCACGUUAUUCUCGAUUCAGCCCAGAGCUUUGGAGUCUUCCCUGCUGCCACACAGCCUCCUGUUUCCCCGCAGCUGCUUGUUUAUUCCGCAAACAACUUUGAGUCGCUAAAAAAAAUGAUUUUGCAUUACACAGCCUAUGUCCAGAAGAAUCCAGCCAGAGUUGCUGAUCUGGCAUUCACUUUAGCCAAUAAAAGGGAACAUCUGUCUCAUCGGGCAUUCUCUGUGAAAAGCCCAUUAGGUCAGCUCACGACUUCGGCACCCGCAAAAGCUGGCGAGGCACCAAAUAUCGUCAUGGUAUUCACUGGCCAGGGCGCUCAGUGGCCACAAAUGGGUGGCUCUAUGAUCCACAACACCGUUUAUCCCGCAUUUAAGAAGAGCAUUCAAGAUCUUGAUUCACAUUUGCAAACCCUCACCCAUCCCCCAGAAUGGAACAUUGAAGAAGAGCUGUUGAAGGACCCGAAUGAUAGCAGACUCAGCUCAUCCGAGUUAUCCCAGCCUCUCUGCACGGCAAUACAAGUGGCUCUAAUCGACACUCUCGCCUCCGUUGGGGUUCAGCCUGCUGCUGUCGUGGGUCACUCUAGUGGCGAAGUAGCUGCCGCAUACGCUGCCGGUGCCCUAACGGCCAAUGAAGCAAUCACGAUUGCGUUUUAUCGAGGCCAGGCCACCAAGCUACAAACAAGACCUGGGGCUAUGGCGGCUAUAGGCAUGGGCACCGAGGAAGUUCAGGAAUAUCUACAGCCUGGGGUGAUCAUUGCUUGUGAGAACUCGCCCAAGAGCGUUACCCUCACUGGUGAUGCGGAUGCUAUUGAGAAUGCAGUUUCCAGUAUUAAGGAGGCCCAUCCUGAUGUCAUGGCCAGACAGUUGAAAGUUGACAAGGCAUACCACUCUCAUCAUAUGACUGAGAUAGGCGACAAGCUCUAUGCUUUCAUUGAACAUGAAAUAUCCGCAACGGCUCCAAAGAAGUUGUUCUUCAGCACUGUCGAGAACAAACUACUCACCGAGGCCCAAAACUUCGGCCCAAAAUACUGGCAGAUGAACUUGCAAUCCCCGGUGCUCUUUCGUUCAGCUGUCUCAUCAAUACUCAAGCACCAGACUUUGAAGAACAUGGUGCUUUUUGAGAUUGGACCGCACUCCGCUCUUGCGGGUCCCCUGCGACAGAUUCAGAGUGAUCUUUCCACUUCUUCUCCUUAUAUUUCCACAUUUGUUCGCAACCAAGACAGUACGGGAUGCUUCCUAACUGCUAUUGGACAGCUGCACGUUCUCAAUGCUAUCCCCGAAUUGAAUAUGGUCAUCAGCGAGGGCUCUACUCUCCCGGAUCUUCCAAGGUACCCAUGGGAUCAUUCAAAAAGGUUUUGGCAUGAGUCUCGGUUGAGUAAGGAGUGGAGACAUCGCGAGCACAAGUACCACGAUCUUUUGGGUGUCCGGGUAACAGAGAGUCCUGAUUUUCAUCCUCUUUUCCGAAAUCUCUUUCACCUAGAAAAUGCCCCGUGGAUUCGUGACCACAAAGUCGGUGAUGAUAUUGUCUUCCCCUUCGCCGGCUACGCUGCAAUGAUUGGCGAGGCUGUGAGACAGCUCACUGGGGUUAAUGAAGCAUUCAAAAUACGCAAUGUCAUUGUUAGCACUGCCCUUGUCUUGAAUGAGGGCCCACCAGUUGAGAUCCUGACAACACUACAUCGCCAUCGAUUGACUGAUUCCCUUGAUAGUGAGUGGUGGGAAUUUACCAUCACUUCUCACAAUGGAGCCAGUUGGACCAAGCACUGCUCAGGCGAGGCUAGGUCGCAUAGCGAACAUCUGGAAAACGUAGACAAGGAAGCUCCUCUUGUGCGCAAGGUUAGUACGCGCCGUUGUUACCAUUCUCUGGCCAUGUCUGGCCUCAACUUUGGGCCAUCAUUUCGACGUCUUGAUGAUGUCCGGUCAGACACUCUUACACAGAACGCAACUUCCGAGCUUGUUGCAAAAGAGACUGAUGGGGAGGACUAUCAUCUGCACCCCACAGUAAUCGAUGCUUCACUGCAGCUGCUCAGCAUUGCUGCUUCCAAGGGAUAUAUCGAACAAAUAACGGGCAUGAUGAUUCCUACGCACAUUCAAGAACUUUCCAUAUACCGCUGCUAUGAGAAUGUUCAGGUUCAAGCUUCCGCAUCUUACACCCCGAACGGCUCUAUUCUCGGUGGUGGCCAGUGCAUUACUGCAGGUGGAAAGGUUGUUCUACGCAGUUCUGGAAUUAAACUAUCUAUGCUCGACCAUCAGGACUCUGACAAAGCGGGACACACGGCUUGUGCAGAGUGGGCUCCCCACAUCGACUUCCUGGAUGUUACCACUCUUAUCAAGCCAUUGAUUGACCGCAGUGAGUACAUGCCCGCUUUGAUAGAGCUAUCCCAUCUAUGUAUGAUUUACACACAACGUGUCAUUGCAGAGCUGGAUACUUCAAUCAGCCAUAUGCACAAGUAUCGAACAUGGAUCGAUCACUAUCUACUGUCUGUGGAUCUGCAGAGUCUCCAGCUUCUUGACAAUACUGCCAUUCAGCAGCGAGUGAAGGAACUCAUUCCUCAGUUUUCCCAAACCAAUGGCCUCUACCCUGCUGUCGGCAUUGAGAUGAUGUUCAAUAAUAUCCAACAGAUAUUCACUGGAGAGGUGGAGGCUCUGGAUCUCCUUCUAGCCGAUCACAUAUUGGCCAAAUUCUACGAUGCUAUGGAUCAGUGCAAUAUUUCCGAAUUUAUCAAGCAAUUGAGCCACAGCAAGCCUAAUCUGCGCAUCCUCGAGAUAGGUGCCGGGACUGGCGGGUCUACAGCUAAUAUCCUGAAGAUGUUGACACCUGGCAAAAGGAAUCUAUACAUGAAUUACACCUUUACCGACAUCUCAUCUGGCUUCUUUGUUGCUGCGAAGGAGCGCUUUAAAAAUUACCCAAACCUUGAAUACGCUACUCUCGACAUCAGUAAGGAUCCCUCUGAUCAGGGGUUCGAUGGUCGGCAAUACGACCUAAUUCUGGCAACCAAUGUCAUUCACGCCACUGCAUCCUUGAAGGACAGUCUGAGUAAUGUUCGCAAACUUAUUUCUCCUACUGGAUGGUUCUUACUCCAUGAAUUGACACCCACAUCUAAAUGGAUUAACUAUAUCUUUGGAACUCUACCCGGAUGGUGGUAUGGCGAUGCCGACGGUCGGUCGGACGACCCGUACGUAGGCUUUGAACGCUGGGCAAAAGAACUCAAGUCCGCGGGAUUCCGUACUCCUGACGCUGCAGUUUCGGAUUCAGCAUACCCACACCAGUUGAACACCAUGAUCGUAACUAGACCUGAAGUUGAUAUUGCGCCUAAGAAAUGCGUCACGCUUUUGACUAUCUCCGAAUCAAGAUCUGUUGACCUUUUGCUUCACGCUCUGGAGAACAGGGGAUACUCUGUCUAUCAUGCUCGGUUUGGCGAAGAGACCCUGCCUGACGGACAAGAUGUGAUUUCCUUGCUUGAUGACGAUGCCCCAUUCUUUGAAAACAUGGAUAACCAACGCUUUGACUCUUUCAAGAAAUUGGUGCAGAGCCUAGAGAAAUUUAGUAUUCUCUGGGUGACACGUUUAUCACAAACCCAAUGUCGGGACCCGAGAUUUGCUCAGAUCAACGGCAUAUCGAGGACGAUUCGCAGUGAACUUCUUGUCAACUUUGCUACUUGCGAGAUUGAUAAUUUUGAUGUCUCUUUGGAAAAGCUCAUCGAUGUAUAUGAGAAAUUCCAAGUUCAUCAGGAGGACGAGACUCUCAAGCCUGACUUUGAAUACGCUAUUGUGGACAAUACUGUCCUGGUCAGUCGGUAUCAUCUUUUUUCGCUGCAAGAUGAGCAAAAAAUGUCGGAUUCAACUGGUAGCAUGGUUCUUCGAACAAGUAAGCCUGGCCGCUUGGCCACGCUGCACUGGGCUCACGAAAAUAUGAGACCUCUAAAAGGAAAUGAGGUGGAAAUUGACACUUAUGCAAUUGGUUUAAAUUUCAAGGAUAUCUUAUGUGCCAUGGCCAUUGUCGAAGCCAACGAUAAUGAAUUUGGCAAUGAAGGCGGCGGCAUAGUUCGUCGCAUCGGUCCCGAAGUUCAAGAUCUGAAGGCGGGUGACCGUGUUAUGGUCGCUGGGAAGUGCUUAUUUGGGACACAAUUGGUUGUCUCCGAGAACUUAUGCGAGAAGAUUCCAGGUGGCUUAAGCUUCAAUGAUGCGGCAACCAUGCCUUGUGUGUUCACUACAUCAAUAUACUCCAUCAUCGACGUUGGAAAUCUGAAAAAGGGACAGUCCAUCCUUAUCCAUAGUGCCUGUGGUGGAGUUGGUAUUGCAACUAUUCAGCUUGCUCAGAUGAUUGGUGCGGAGAUUUAUGCAACUGUUGGUAACGAGGAAAAGGUUAAGUAUCUCAUGGAGACAUUUGGCCUUCCUCGGAACAGGAUUUUCAAUUCCCGUAAUACCUCGUUCGUCGAGGAUAUCAUGCGGGAGACAAAUGGACAGGGUGUUGAUUUGGCAUUGAACUCAUUAUCUGGUGAACUACUUCAUGCUACAUGGAAGUGCAUUGCACCAUUUGGAAAGAUGGUCGAGAUUGGCAAGCGAGACUUGAUUGGCUCUGGAAAACUUGACAUGAGUCCUUUCUUAUAUAACCGAAGCUACUGCUGUGUCGACUUGGAUCAACUUUGGUCCGAACAGCCGACCCUUGGAAAGAAGCUGCUGAAGAGAAUUGUGGUACUACUCAGGGAGCGCUAUAUCUCUCCUAUCCGGCCCAUCAAAAUCUUUAGUUCCGAUGGCAUACAUGACGCCUUCCGUUACAUGCAGCAAGGCAUCCAUCUAGGAAAGAUCGUUGUGUCAAUGCGUGAUAAUUCAGGUCAUGUCAGCGCAGUACAAAAUAUCCAGCAAGGGAAGAGAUCCAUUCAACUCAACAGCUCCGAUGCAUACCUUCUCGUAGGUGGCCUCGGAGGUCUAGGUCGGGCCAUAUCUAUGUGGAUGGUCAAGCAUGGGGCUCGCCACCUCAUAUAUCUUUCUAGAACUGCAGGUACUAGUGAGGAUCACCGAGGGUUUGCUCAAGAGCUUGCCAGUAUGGGAUGUCACGCCGACUUUGUUCGGGGUAGCGUUUCCAACCUAGAGGACGUGGAAAAUGCCAUUUCACAAGCUCAAGGCCGCCUCCGGGGUAUCUUGCAGAUGUCCAUGGCGCUUUGUGAUCGCAGCUUCACAAGCAUGACACUAGAAGAGUGGAACACAGCUGUUGAUCCGAAGGUCAAGGGAACGUGGAAUCUUCAUAAUGCUUCGGUAUCUGCCAAUGCUGAACUUGACUUCUUUGUUCUGUUCAGUUCGGUGUCUGGUCUCUUUGGGCUUCCUGGUCAGAUCAACUAUUCUGGUGCUAACACUUUCCUGGACGCCUUUUCUCAAUAUCGCUUGAACUUGGGGCUACCAGCUUGCGCUAUCGAUAUCGGUCUUGUCGGAGAAGUUGGCUAUACUGCUGAGCAGAGGGAACCUUUACUCAAUUUCAAAACUGCUGGCAUCAUGGGCACCAUGAUUUCGGAGAGCGAAUUUCUCAUUGCGAUAGAAGCAGCGAUGACAUCUGUGCCAAGUAAGUCGAGAUCUAGUUUUGGCAUUGGAAUUCGCCCCCAUGUUUCCAUGGCGGAUCAAAGAAACCGUUUGAUCUGGAAGAAGGACAUCCGAAUGUCAGUGUUUUAUAAUAGUGCAGCAUCUAGUAGCACCUUAACCUCUGCCCCAGGUAGUGGCCUGGGGGUCUUUAUCGCACAGGUCAAGGGAGAUGUCGGUCUACUAAGCCAACCUGAAUCUGCUCAAAUGUUCGCUUUGGAAAUUGGAAAGAAGGUGUUUAGCUUCUUGCUGAAGCCGGAAGAAAACCUGGUGACAUCUUGCUCCUUGCCUGAUCUUGGAAUGGACUCUCUUGUGGCAAUUGAGAUGAAACAAUGGUGGAAGACGACUUUUGGGUUCGAUAUCAGUGUCCUCGAAUUGAUGGGAAUGGGCACCAUCGAUAUGCUCGGGGAGCACGCUGCUCGUGGUAUGCUUAAAUUGUUCCAUGGUGUACACGAGCAAACCGAUUGA